AUAUUUCAUUUGCAACCGUUAUAGCGCUCAUAGCGGCAAACUUUAGUUACUGUUUCCGCAUUGGCAUGGCGAUCGGACAGAAAGUACUGCUGCUAAUUUCGUUCUCUCUAUUAAUAGCAUUUUAUGGCAAUCUACUUUGCUUUGCCGAAGUUUCUUAUCACACAUGCAAAGUGCGCGCAAAUAUAGGAAAAUUGGAUAUAGAUGAUUUUGAAAAGAAGCGACCAGCACGAAGCACAUACGCAGAAUGCUUUCGGAUUUGCUACGCUUUGAUGACGAAAACGAAGUACUACACUAGAACCUGCUUGGCUGGCACUACGAAUUAUUCUCGCUGGUUCACCAUAUUUGAUUGUCCGCAACACAUCAGAAAUCCUGUGUUGAUCGCGGAUGGCAUCAUUCCCGAUGAAUUCACAACCAAAAGGCCUACUAAGCUUUGUCCUGGCUGGAAGUAUCCCGCCGAUUAGAAUGAUGUUUAUUGUGUAUAUUGAAAAUAAAAUUAUAUAAUUAUUUAAACGAAAAACACCUUUCACGCGGUUAAGAAGCUGACACUUUCGGCUUCAUUUUUGGCAGUGAAAUUCAAUUAAUUUGCCGCAAAUACCAAAUUAAGUAAUUGUG